AUGGCAAAGACUCUAAUCGUAUCAGGCACUCUUCCUUUACACUAUCGAGACAAAGAGGGGUGGGUAUUUGCUCCCUCGCAUUCGUCAAUUGCUUCUUCUAUUCUUUAUGGUACUCCGGAAACACAGCAGGCGUCCACUCUUUUCAUUGGGACUAAUGCCCCUAAAGGCAUGCAAUCGCCAACCAAGUUUACUAGUCCAGAAAACGCAACCUUCUCCUUUCUAGCGGUUGAGAAUGUUGUGCAUCCUAAGGACCUUGUCUUUUCUAAGCACCUUUCACGAGCAUGUCACUAUGCCCUGGGCAAAAGUGCUCUUUUUCCCCUUGAUUUAGAUAAGCCCUAUGCCGACUAUUUACAAUUCAACCAAGCAUUUCUAGCGACCAUAAAAGAGGCCUACGAGCCAAAUGACACAAUUGUGAUUGUGGGAAAACACCUGCUUCUGCUUCCUUCUCUUAUCAGAGAAGUUUUCCCCUACGCCCGAAUUACCUUCCUCUUUAUUGCUCCUUUCCCGGCCUAUGAGCUGUUUAGCUGUAUUCCGUACUCAAAAGAAGUGCUCUUGUCAAUGUUGGCCAGCGAUCGUCUGGAGUUUCAAGCCGCCGAAUACGCCGAGAACUUCAUUUCAACCGCGUUUUCACUUGUUAAUGCUCAGAAUAAGGAGCUGCUGCCCUCUUCCUUAGAAAGAAUCAAAGGGCAGCCGAGCAUUGUCCUAGUGGACAAAACAGAAACAGACCGUGAAGCUCGUGCUGAGCAACUAGUGCCUCCAACUGAAACGCGAGACUUGCUUUCUCUAAUCACAACCUCAUUUCCAGACCUCAGCAACGACUGCCUGGGCGAAGAAGAGCCUUUAGUAAGCCCAGCAAAGGAGUCUUUUUCCUGUGCCAACGAGUACCUGAAAGAUGUACUGCCCGGCUUAGAUCAGUUAGAUAAGGAUCAAAAACGCAAAACGCAUGUGGUUUACUCGGGAGAUUUGCGCUGUAUGGUGUGCACCAGCAGUCCGGCAGCACCGCUGGAGUUUAUUCGCAGUAUCCAAACGACCACGAAGUUUCAAGAGGCCUGUGCCCAGCUGGAAGAACUCUAUGCCGGCAAAGACCUAGUUGUGCUGGUGGAGAGUACUCGAGUACAAGGAUCCCCAAGCAUCAAUUUGGAAGGCGUCUUUCGCUACCUGCUAAAGUACCGUGAUAGCCAAACCGAGUUCAUUCGUUGUGUGGUGUUUGGCGAGUCUUCGGCUUUGCCCAACACCGGUCUAGCUGCUUUGGCUGAGCGUAUAUCUAGUGUUUUCCCCGGCCGCUUGAAAACAGUAAUCUUCCCAGACACGUACACUUACUUUGCUUUACUGGCAUGUGCUAAACUGUGUGUCGCUGGCGCAUCGGCUGACUCCUUUUCUCUGGUUCUGAAUGAGUACCUUGCUCUUAACCCCACGCGCUUGGCCGUAGUGCCGUAUUCCAGUGGCGUGUCUAUUCCAGGCCUCUUUUAUACCCUUAACUGUCCCUAUGUUACUGCCGAAGUGAUCAACAAGGCCCUAACCGCCGCUGGAUCACCAACCGAAGAGUCAAUCCAAGAUACAGCCCAGUGGAUCCACCAAAUGCGAGAAAUGCUCCGUAGUGACAACAAUACCUAUACUGGCUCCUGCACAGAAGGCACUCCAGUCAAUGCCUGCCAGCCAAUCACCGACCAAUUUAUCAAGACUUUAAAGAAGAGCUACAACAAGGCCGAGCAGCGGCUAAUUCUCCUGGACUAUGAUGGCACUCUAACUGACAUUGUACCCAACCCCAAGGAUGCCAAGCCCACCCCUGAAAUCAUACAGCUCUUAACCCACUUAGCCGCCGACCCUCGUAACCGCAUUAUCAUUAUCACCGGUCGCAGCAAGGAAGAGGCAGAAGCCUGGUUUGGCCAUAUCAAACUUGCCAUCUACGCUGAGCAUGGGGCCUACAAGAAGGAUGAAGGUCAUUGGACCGCCACCCCUUGUGAUCUUUCCUGGAUUCCUGAUGCCACCAAAGUCAUCAAAGAGCACGUCCAGUUCACGCCUAAGUCUCAUAUAGAGGUCAAAAACACCUGUGUGGUCUUCCACUGCCAGGAAAACGGCCGCUGGUGUGCAAGUGCACUACAAAAGAUCCUCCAAGGUCGAGCCCGAGUUGUUACCGGCCGUGGCAUCAUUGAAGCCCGGCCACUCACCAUUGACAAGGGGUCUUGUGUGGUUAAAGAGUACCAAGAGAGUCUAUUUACUAUCUGUGCCGGUGAUGAUCUUACUGAUGAAGACAUGUUUAUGGUUCUGCUCAAUGCUCCUAAUGCCUAUCCGAUCUGUGUUGGCGACCGAUCUACUUCAGCUGCUUACCGAGCCACUAACCCCACCCAAAUGCGCGAACUCUUACAAACACUCAGUCAGGACUUUAAACAAUAA